AUGAAGAACCAAACAAUGGGAAUAGAGUUCAUUCUUCUUGGACUGACUGAUGAUCCUCGGCUGCAAACUGUGAUUUUCCUGUUUCUCUUUCUCAACUAUAUUUUCAGCCUGAUGGGGAAUUUAAUCAUUAUCCUCCUCACCCUGCUGGAUCCUCGCCUGAAGACCCCAAUGUAUUUCUUCCUCCAAAAUUUCUCCUUUCUAGAAAUUUCAUUCACAACAGUCUGCAUUCCAAGGUUUUUGACUACCAUUCUGACUGGAGACAAAACAAUUUCCUAUAAUAGUUGUGUAGCUCAAUUAUUCUUUUUUCUUUUGUUAGGAAUUACAGAGUUUUACCUUCUGGCUGCCAUGUCCUAUGACCGCUAUGUUGCCAUCUGCAAACCUCUGCAUUACCCCAUUAUUAUGAGCAGCCGAGUGUGCUAUCUGCUUGUACUCAGCUCUUGGGUAACUGGAUUCCUAACCAUCUUUCCUCCUUUGGUUUUGGGACUCAAGCUCGAUUUCUGUGCUUCCAAAACUAUUGAUCAUUUCCUAUGUGACUCUUCUCCUAUCCUGCAGAUCUCUUGCACGGACACUGAAUUAAUAGAAUUGAUGGCCUUCAUCUUAAUUUUAAUUACAUUAGUUCAGAUCUGCAUCAUUUCUCUUCUCAGCAAUUUUAUCAUAUUAUGUUUUCUAUCACUCCUUCUUUACCCUCUAUAUUCUUCUUCUGAGUAA